AUGUCGAAUGCGUGCAGCUCGUAGUACUGUGGCUCGUAGCGUUAUCGGGAAAGCGCGGGAAAACAGCGGCGACGAGCGCUCGCAUCAGUUGGCUCGCGGCCGCUGCCAGACAUGCACGGGUCCGCGCGCGCGCUCGCUCUCGCACUCGCGGUACUCGCGCUCGCGUACGCGCGCGCCCACAUACCCUCCCACGACAACAUCCUCAGAAUACAGUUGUGGGAUGCGGAGGGUCUCAGUAGGGAUCCCAUCACCACGCCGGCUCCGGCCACCACUCCAGGCUCGCGUACCACCAGGCGCCACAAGUUGAAAGUGAACUUGGACUCGUUGUACGAUGCUAUGCUGGAGGAAGGCCAUGACGGAGGGUUCGGCAGGUUCACGCGACAUAAAGUGCGGCACAAGCGACGUCGGCCCCGGCAGACCGGCACCGACUUGCCGUGGCGGUUCCACGCCGGGGACAAGGUGCUGAAUGUGGCAGUGUACGACGACAAUGUUCCCUGGGACGUUAUCGAGGCUGACAACAGCGGGACUAUGGUGAAUACCAGUGCAGUGAGUGAGAGUGCCAGUUCCCCUGUGAAUGCGCCACGGGACGUGGGGCCCCCCAUGCUGCUGCGUCAGCCUGAGGACGAGGACCAAGAAGGGAAAGAGGUGGCGGUCGUCCCCAAAUGCUGUCCAAGUGGACAGAAUCUCACAGUGGAGAUUGUGGAUGGAAACGUGAAGACAGUCUGCUCCCGGUCCACCUUGACCUUCCAGCCCAUCUUCCAUCAAGCGAACAAGACUCAUAUCUUCAGUUACGACACCAAUGUGUAUGAAACGCUUGUCGGGAACCCAUGCCGCUAUGAAAAGUACAAACUGGAACCAGAUGUUCAUAGUGAAGAUGAAUUUUACCUACUGGUGAAUGGGUCUCUCUUCGUUCCGUACUCCCGACCCUACCUUUUGGGUACUCGGGAUUAUUGUAUGGAGACAUUUUGGAAUGAGUCAGUUCCAGCAGGAGUUACUUUACCAGUUGUCUGUUUUGAAACUCCUAUGGAGGAUACUAAGACAUCGUCGACACUUAUCGCCUAUGCCACAGGGUUGUUAAUAUCAGUACCGUUUUUACUGGCAACGGCUUCAGUAUACCUCUUUAUCACGGAGCUAAGGGAUACUCAUGGCAAAGCCCUGGCUUGUCACACCGUGUGCCUGGCACUUGCAUUCACGUGUUUAGCUGCCACCCAACUAGCUGGCCACGCAUUCCCAGCAGCUGCUUGCACUAUAAUGGCAUAUUUGAUCCAGUUUUCAUUCGUGUCAUGUUUCUUCUGGCUGAACGUGAUGUGUUUCGAUAUAUUUUUGAACGUUCGGAGGUACAUCAACGCAUCAGUAACAAGACGCAGCAUGAGACGAAGAUUCGCAUGGUACUGUGUCUAUGCAGUUCUCUUCCCAAUCCUGCUGCUCAUAGUCACCAUUACCAUGGACCUCUCACCAGCAGUUCCUAGCACCUAUCUGAAACCUAACUUUGGGGUCAAGGGAUGCUGGUUUAAAACUGAUCAAGCAGCGUUGCCAUAUUUCUAUGGACCAGUGGCGCUGAUCUUAUUCAGCAAUCUUUGUAUAUUUUUCUUCACUUCAAGAGCCAUUGCGACACAUUAUGAUAAACUAAAGGAUGUUACACCUUUAGAUCUGACACACUCAGACUUCAGUACGUCAGAUGACUGGGUGCGACUCAGAUCAGUACUGGGGCAGCCAAUACAAGAAACGACAUCUUCACCACCGCAGGAAGCUCCCACGAACUUCAACCAGAGGCUUAAGAAGUACAAGAAAUUGUUCCGUAUGUGUUGCCUCCUUUCGUUCAUCAUGGGGUUGUCGUGGGUACUGGAAGUAGUGUCAUGGGCGGCAGGUGCAGGCUCUGACGUCAUGUCAGUUUGGUCCGUGUUCGACCUUGUGAACGCGCUGCAAGGAGUCGUCAUCUUCGCUAUAUUUGUAUUACAACAACCCGUCCGUUCUCUCGUGAAGUCCUCACAUCUUUUCUCGACCUGCAAAAGGAAAAAGGACGGCUCAGAAGUGUCUGUGGUGAGUGAAAGAAAUAGUAUCAUCGCAGGCGCCGGGAGAAGGGACUAUGUGUAGUUCAGUGAAGUGAAAGACAAUGUAGUCAGUGAUCAAGUGAAUGAUAGUGAACAAGACUCAUCUCGUGAACAACUUGUUGACAUUCAAGGUAAUACACUCGAGACUGAUAAAGGUAACAGUAUUAUUGGCUUUGAAGAUUUAGUGAUGAGUGGUGCUCCUCGACUAUACGAAUAUGAAAGAAAAUAAUUGAGUAUUUUAUGUUGUUUUAAGUUCAAGUUUUUAAUCGACAAUGUUUGAAAUGUGGGCGAUUGAGUCUAUUAGAAAAU